UGCUGAUUUGAAGACGGGGAACAUGCAAGGUCAUGUAUUAGCAGACUACCUCCGGCCCACACCACCCCCCGAAAGUGGUUACCACCGCUACCAGUUCCUCCUCUAUGAACAACCAGCUCGUGAAGCGGUAUCCUUGAAUCCAGAUGAAAUUGCAUCUUCCGGUUCCUGGAACAUAAACAACUUUGUGGAUCGGUUUCAUCUUGGAACACCUGUGGCUUCAACCCAGUUUAUCACUAAGGAUUACCAUGACUAGCAAUAGAAGCACCUGGAGUACAAGCACCAUUGCUCUCAAUGAUUUAUCUUGCUUUCUUCCCUAUGGAGCAGACGAGCGCUCCAAAUCUUUCUCUUCAUUCAGCAAGCAUGGGUUGGAUUUUUGCAUGACCAACAGGCUUUAUAGAGCUGGCUAUGAUAUUUCUUUUAGGAUUCAUUAUACUUUUUGACUGGCAUUAAUACAAUAGCAUAGUCAUCCCCAGCAUUCUACCACACAUAUCACAGAAAAUGUAGUGCAUUCACUGCAGAGCUUGUAUGGCCUUAAAAUUAAAUAUGUAUUCUAAAUUCCUCUCAUAUUAGCUUGGAAGCAAAGUGACAAUAUAGCCACCAAUCUAUAAUCGUACCUUAAACAAUGAAACAUUGCCCCUUACCAGCUCAGAAUAUUCUCCCCAAGGAAUUUUUAACUAUUGAAAGAUCCAUAGCCUACUCAUGACCAACAACUACAACCAGCCUUUUGUUUUAGAUAGUUAAUUGACAUCAAAUACUCUUUUGUGGCACUUCCAUUCAUGAUUUCCCUUCCCAGGCUACAUAUUCUUUGCAAGUACGCAUCCAUGUUUCACCCUUGAACUAAUAUCUGCCAUUUAUUGCAGCAUUCAAUUAAAAAUAGCGUUUCACUC